AUGAGAUUCCAACAUCUUAAGGGAGCCUUAGCGGAGGUCUGGAAAUGGAAGAAUGGUGAUGCUGACGCUUUUGACUGGAGCCUUGCAAUAAAGCUUGUCACUGGAUUGGAGGGCACAAUGGGGGAAGAACGCCCAGACCCGCUGAGAAGUGCCCUCAAGGACACCGGGUUCUGUGACGUGCAUAGGGAGAACCCCCUACACCCGGGUGUGUUCCGUCCGUUCGAUACCGUCAUCUCUGCGUUCUGUCUGGAGGGAGCGUGUUUCAACCAAGGAAGGUCCACCUACGUAAUCGCCAUGAGGAACAUGUGCACACUCCUGAAGCCAGGUGGCUAUCUUAUCUUCAUGACUUACAUCGGGGUGACCUAUUAUGUCGGCAUGGACGGCAAGGAGGACCCGGAUAAUCUCCGCCUCGACACAGACUUCGUCUUGAAGAGUCUAUCUAAAGCGGGCAUCACGGUUCUAGAGACAUCUGAAUUCAAAACCCCUGAUAGGAAGACAUGCAAAUAUAGCGAUGUAAAGAGUAUCCUGUAUGUUGUGGGCAGGAAAGCUUAA